GAUGUGCGGAAUUCUCGAAGAUGAUGCGUUGAUUAUUCAACUCGAGCAGCACCGUCGUUCCUUUUCCUAUGUCCGUAACAACAGACCGACCGACCGACCGACGGUGGUUUGGAGAGAGAAAAACUCGCGUCAGAUCUCCUCAUCCUCCUCAGAAACGUCUCGUAUUGUGCAACAGACGGAUAGAAUGAAUAGAUAGAUGGGCGUUAUUGUUCGUAGUAUAUAUAUCAUAGAUCGUGGUCGUGGUGUGGUUGUUUAAAAUCUAAGUGAAAUUGAUGGCUUCUUCUUCUUCAUUGAGGACGAGGGACAUAGGAAGGCUCGCCAAUGGCCUCUCUCUCAUCGCCAAGGAGUUGGUGAAACGCUCCCAAGAAAACAUUUUGAAGGGCGCCCACAAUGGAGACUUACAAUCCCUAAUUACCUCCUCUCUCAAGAAAGCCCUCAUCUCCGCCACAGAUGUAUCCGGACUCACCAGAGGCAAGCUUCAACAGUUCUCAACUCCUCCUCCUCCUCCACAUCAUCAUCAUCAUCAUGAUAAAGAAUCCAUCACCGUCGUCUACUUUGCCGAUGAGUCCCCCACACCACCCUUUCAACCAGCUGAACAACCCUCCUUAUCACUUUCAUCAUCUUCUUCUGGAUCGAAUGAAGGUAGUGCUGAAAUUUUAAAUCUCAGCCAGGUACCUUCACCCUCCUCCGCACACAAAAUCGAUUUGGACAGUGCAGCACAGAAACACAAUGGUUUAUUGUCCAGUGAAUAUGAUUCCCAGAAUCCACCUGCUCCUCCUCUCAAUCCUCCCACACAGAGGAGGCGCCCAAGGGAGAGGAGAGUUCCUUCUACUCCGUUUUCUAGAGCCCUUGGGUUCGCUGGCCUGGGAGCUGGCCUUGCAUGGGGAACAAUUCAGGAGUCUGCCAAGAGGCUUGUCUUUGGUAUGCCUAACUCACAAGACAAGCAAUCUGCUUUUUCUCCCUACUUAUCUGAAAAAAAUGCAGAACGUUUGGCUCUUGCAUUAUGUAGAAUGCGUGGAGCAGCACUCAAAUUAGGGCAGAUGUUGAGUAUUCAAGAUGAAUCUCUUGUACCUGCACCGAUCUUGGCUGCUUUAGAUAUUGUCCGUCAAGGUGCAGAUAUGAUGCCAAGGAGCCAGCUGAAUCAAGUUUUGGAUGCUGAAUUAGGUCCUGAAUGGUCUUCCAAGUUGAUUAGUUUUGAUUAUGAACCAAUGGCUGCAGCAAGUAUAGGCCAGGUGCACGGGGCUGUCACAAAAGAUGGGUUGCAGGUUGCAAUGAAAAUUCAAUACCCUGGCGUUGCAGAUAGCAUCGAAAGUGACAUUGAGAAUGUGAAACGGCUAUUGACCUACACAAAUAUGAUUCCUGAAAAACUCUUUCUUGACAGAGCCAUGAAGGUGGCAAAAGAAGAAUUAUCUCGUGAAUGUGACUAUGAGUUGGAGGCAGCAAAUCAAAAAAGGUUUCGUAAUCUGCUAUCCAACGUGAAAGGGUUUUAUGUUCCUAUAGUCGUGGAUGGUAUUUCAAGUAAAAGAGUUUUGACUACAGAACUUGUUCCUGGAAUUCCAGUUGAUAAGGUGGCAUUAUUAAACCAAGAGACUCGUAACUAUGUUGGGAAAAAGUUGCUUGAGCUUACUUUGAUGGAGCUAUUUGUCUUCCGAUUCAUGCAGACUGAUCCUAAUUGGAGUAAUUUUUUAUAUGAUGAGGCCACAAGAUCAAUGAAUCUCAUUGACUUUGGAGCAGCUCGGGAUUACCCUAAAAGCUUUGUUGAUGAUUAUUUAAGAAUGGUUCUUGCAUGUGCAAAUAGUGACAGAGGAACAGUAAUUUCAAUGUCACGGAGACUUGGCUUCCUCACGGGAAUGGAGUCGGAGAUGAUGUUAGAUGCUCAUGUACAGGCUGGAUUUGUUGUGGGAUUGCCUUUCUCAAAACCUGGUGGGUAUGACUUUCGCUCCACCAAUAUUACUCAAAGCAUUUCAAACCUUGGGGCAACCAUGUUGAGGCAUAGGCUAACGCCACCACCUGAUGAGGCCUACAGUCUUCAUCGGAAGCUUUCUGGUGCUUUCCUUGCUUGCAUCAAGCUUGGGGCUGUUGUCCCAUGUAGGGAAAUUCUACUCGAAGUGUGUGAAAGUUAUCAGUAUGGUGGUGAAGAUGGUGGUGAGAUGGUGUCUAGUGGUUCAGUUUCAUAAUAAUCAUUCUUAUAACUUUUUUGUUAGUUAGUUAAGUGAUUUUAUUCUUUUAAAAAUUUUGGGAUGCAAUUUGGCAUCCUAAGCGUUGUAUUUGGUUCGUACUGAUAUUGUAAUGACCCGAGUUUUUAUUCAAUUCGGUGCGUCAGUGAUGACCCGAAAGUUGACCUGGUAA